UGCUGCGAUAAAAAUUCAGCAUCUGAGUACUUGCGAAACUUAUGGCUCAUACAAUCUGUAGAAGUGUGUGGAAUUUUUCAAAAAAACCUAUAUUGUACUUAAAAAAUUAUACUUCUACUAUCUGUUAGUCAUCACGGUAAUUCCAGGAUGUGUUCGGUUACUGUAUGCUUAUUAUUUUUUAUUCAUCGUGUUCAGCGAACAGUCGUGGAUAAGGCAAGGAAGUGGACGUUUCUUUCCAGAUCACCGUGACCAGUGGAGUUGCGAGCGAACAACAGUGAAUAAAACGCGAAAACGUUGAUAAACUUUCGUUUUUAAUAUCAUCGAUUAAACCUGUACCGUUUGGUGAACCAAAAGUAAAUCUUUAUUUUCUAAAUAUCGUUCGCAAUGAAACACAUUUCAAUUUCGUGCGUCCAACUACUCUUUACUAUCUUGGGAUUCUAUCAAGGAGCGAUGGCUCGGACAUCAGAGAUGUUCACACCUUCAGAGGGUGAGCUUAUAAUCCAAGAGGGGGAUAAACUGGAACUUGAUUGCUCAAGUGAAAAUGAUGAAAUUAAAUUUUCGACGCCAGACGGUGUUGAAUAUAAUUCAACAGCUUCCUCUGAUGAUCGAACUCAGAUCACCAAUGAUAACGGUGAUUAUUACGGUGAUUUAUGGACGUUUAGUCGUUCGAAUAUGUCCGCUGCGGAUACGGGGUGGUACGCUUGUGCACAGUCGGAUGUUAAAAUAGAAAAUAACGAUCAAGUCAUCGAUCAUCCUACCGAGAAUAUCAAUUGGGUUUACGUAUACGUCCGCUCUCCCCAGCUUUUGACCGUUAUAAAUAAACCGAAAUGGAAAUGGGACCUGCCAGCAAUUGCUGGAGAUACAGUAGUCAUACCGUGCAGGCCAACUUCACCUUCGCUACGUCCGUCACUCAUCAAGAUGAAUGAGACCGUAGAUUUGGAAUUCACCGAAAAAAUUGGUUUCAUUAUAAAAAACGUCGGAAUAAAUCAGGGGCAAGACAGAUACACUUGUAAAAUCGAACAACCCGAUGGCCAAUUUACUUCGUCACCGUUGUACUGUCUUCGCGUUAUCGCGGAAUUGCCCUAUCCGACAAUCACUCAAGUUCCUAUCGUGGUCCAGGGGACAAAUCAGGUUCUGGAGUGUAGCGUCGAUUUGCGGAAUAGCGAUGCUCGUUUAUGUGAAUUGAGGUGGGAAGCUCCAGAGAAAAUAUUCAACGACGAAAGGCACACCAUAGAUACAUUAACAGUCAGGAAUGAACCAGGAAAAGUAAAAAUGCUAGCCAAUCUUACAAUAAUUGAUGUCCACAAGAACGAUAGUGGGACAUAUUUCUGUACUUUAAAAUGUUCUACCGGAAAUAUGAUGACCGCAGAAAUGUUCCUCCCAGUUUACGACUCCGAGCAGCUCCACAUCCACGUUUCUAUCGAUGGAUCUAAUUAUUCGAUUGUGAAGCAGUGGAACGAAUCUGAAGAUACAGAAGCAUUGUGGGUCUUGCGUAUCGGCGCUGGUCCUCAGUCGGUCUCCGUGAAAUGGUACGACGCGAAUGGCCGUGAAAUUGAUAGCGAACCUGACGAGGGAAGAAAAUACAUGCAUAAGCACGAGAAAGACGUUCACUCGUUUCGAAUAAGUAAUGUAACCGUUCGUGACAGCGGGAUAUACAAAGUGCACAUCUCUACCCCCCGUGAGGAAAAAGAUGUUGAACUCAGCUUGACUGUAUUCGGACCGCCGGAGUCUCACAUUAUUCCUAAUACAAGUUCGUCGUACUACAAACCAGAGAAGUCUUAUACCUUUGAGUGCAUUACGUUUGGUUUCCCACCACCUAAUAUUACAUGGACCUUUUUGGAAUACCCCUACUAUCCUUCCACAGAAUAUUCUUCGGUUUCACAUCCUCUGGCAAGGAAAUGA